AUGUUAUUUUUUCAGGGCGAGGAAGAUCUGCCGGAUUUGGUCGCCCUAAUCACCACUGUCAAAAAUGACCCUUUAGUUGCUAAAGACGGAACGAUGAUAAUACUGAGCAGUCUUUUGAUAGCCUUUGUCAACUCAGGAAACUAUGACUCCAGAUAUCGAGUAUUUCUGCGGCAUCUGUCAACACUUCUAUGCGUAGAUUGGAACGAGUUCGAAAAUGUGGAAGAUUCGCUAGCAUCAACACUGGUAGAAGAAACUUUUGUGGAAUCCAAUUAUCUACUUUAUCAAAAUCUCUGUUUCAGCGACGAUGAAGACGAAGCCUCCAGACUCGCGCGGGAGAAAACACAGCGAAAUAAAAAGAUUAAACGAUAUCUACUUGUUGGCGCCGCGGGAGGGGUGGGAGGAGUUUUAAUAGGCUUGACAGGAGGAUUGGCUGCUCCACUCGUGGCGGCUGGUGCAGGUGCCAUCAUCGGCACAGCAGGAGCGGCAGGAAUCGCCACUACCGCAGGGGCAGCUGUUCUUGGAACUACUUUUGGAGUGGCCGGAGCCGGUCUAGCUGGUUACAAAAUGAACAAACGGGUCGGAGCCAUCGAAGAGUUUGCAAUAGAGUCUCUUUCUGAGGGGUUGAGUCUACACUGCGCCUUGGUUGUUUCUGGUUGGAUAGAUGAGGAUACG